AUGAACCGUCAAUUCACCUGCAAGCCUGGAGCUGGCAACAGGGGCUUCAGCGGCUGCUCAGCUGUGCUGUCCAGCAGCUCAUCCUCUUACCGGGCAGGGGGCAAAGGGCUCGGUGGGGGCUUCAGCAGUCGGAGCCUCUACAGCCUGAGGGGUGCCAGGAGCAUCUCCUUCAAUGUGGCUGGCGUUAGCGGGCGCACAGGGGGAUAUGGGUUUGGACGGAAUAGGGCGAGUGGCUUUGCUGGUAGUAUGUUUGGCAGUGGGGCUCUGGGGCCUUCAAACCCAUCCCUGUGUCUGCCGGGAGGCAUCCACCAGGUCACUGUCAACAAGAGCCUGCUGGCUCCACUCAAUGUGGAGCUGGACCCGGAGAUCCAGAAAGUGCGCGCGCAGGAGCGGGAGCAGAUCAAGGCUCUGAACAACAAGUUCGCCUCCUUCAUCGACAAGGUGCGCUUCCUGGAGCAGCAGAACCAGGUGCUGGAGACCAAGUGGGAGCUGCUGCAGCAGCUGGACCUGAACAACUGCAGGAAGAACCUGGAGCCUGUGUAUGAGGCCCAUAUCAGCAGCCUGCAAAAGCAGCUGGAUACUCUGUCUGGGGACAGGGUGAGGCUGGACUCGGAGCUGAGGGGCAUGCGAGAUGCUGUGGAGGACUGCAAGAAGAGGUAUGAAGAAGAAAUAAACAAGCGUACAACCGCUGAGAAUGAAUUUGUGGUGCUUAAGAAGGAUGUGGAUGCAGCAUACAUGAGCAAGGUGGAGCUGCAGGCCAAGGUGGACGCUCUGGAUGGAGAGAUCAAGUUCCUCAAAUGUCUGUACGAAGGGGAGAUUGCUCAGAUGCAGUCCCACAUCAGCGACACAUCUGUCAUCCUGUCCAUGGACAACAACCGCAAUCUGGACCUGGACAGCAUCAUUGCCGAAGUCCGUGCUCAGUAUGAAGACAUUGCCUUGAAGAGCAAAGCCGAGGCUGAGAUGGUGUACCAGACCAAGUUCCAGGAGCUGCAGCUGGCAGCUGGUCGCCAUGGGGAUGACCUCAAACACACCAGGAACGAGAUCUCUGAGUUGACCCGGCUCAUCCAGAGACUGCGAUCAGAAAUUGAGAAUGUGAAGAAGCAGUGCUCCAAUCUGGAGAUGGCCAUUGCUGAUGCUGAGCAGAGGGGAGACUGUGCCCUCAAGGAUGCCCGGGCCAAGCUGGAUGAGCUGGAGGGUGCCCUGCACCAGGCCAAGGAGGAGCUGGCUCGGAUGAUGCGCGAGUACCAGGAGCUGAUGAGUGUGAAGUUGGCACUGGACAUUGAGAUCGCCACCUACCGCAAGCUGCUGGAGGGCGAGGAGUGCAGGAUGUCUGGGGAACACACCAGUGCUGUGAGCAUCUCAGUUAUCAGCAGCUCCACUCCUGGGGCCGGUUCAGGGGCCAGUUUUGGAUUCAGUAGCACUGGCAACUAUGGCUACCGGACCAGCUCUGUCGGUGGGGGCUACAGCAUACUGUCUGGGGGCUGUGUCACUGGUGGUGGGAAUUGCAGCUCCCGUGGAGAGACCAAGGCCAGACUGGGUAGUGCAAGUGAAUUUAAGGAUGUUUCAGGAAAGAACUUGGCUUUGGGCUCACCCACAAAGAAAACCAUGAGAUAAGCCAACAGUCAAUCCCUGCAUCUGCCCAGCCUUGGUUUUCUCUGUAUUCUCUUCUGUGACACCUUCUGUUCUAUUCACCAUCACUCAGUUCUUGCUUUCCUUUGUU